AUGUGUCCGAGACUUCCAAUACGUGUAUUCGUGUAUGGCACACUGAAAAGAGGAGAACCAAACGCAAACGUCCUCACAACUACGGAUGGGCAACAUCGAUUUAUUGGAGAAGGACGAACAAAAGUACCGUAUCCAUUGAUCGUCGCUUCCAAAUAUAACAUACCUUUCGUACUAAAUGAACCAGGCAAAGGACAUCAAAUCCAUGGUGAAGUUUAUGAGAUUGAUAAUGUAAAGCUGACUAUACUUGAUGCUCUCGAGGCCUAUCCUACAUUGUAUUGGCGGCAAGAAGAAAAGAUUUUGAUGUCAAAUAAUACCGAGACAACGGCAUGGAUUUAUCUGAUGAGGAAGUGGCGGCCAGAUAUUUAUGAACAUGCGACGCCAAUGAUGUCGAACUACUCAAGUAAAGGCGAUCAUGGUAGGGAAUAUGUCGUGAGGUAUGUGAACUCAUUCAAAUCCAAAGGUUUACAUGGGAAAGCCAAUGUUUGCUAUCUUUUUUUUUUCAAAAAGUGGCCUAUAACGCUCACGUAUGUUCGUGCAAAAGAUAUAUUAGAAGACGAUUAUAACCUUUACGCCGAUAUCCAAGGCGACGAUCCAGCCGAUCCAAUCACUAAGGCGGCUUCACGUGCAAAAGCUCUCAACGAUACAAAAUAUCCGUCCUAA